CCUGUGCCAGAAGCGGGGACUGUAAUAGCGUUGGGACCUUCCUGUCCAGCUCCCUGCAUCCUGGACUCAGAGUCACUCUUGUGCAUCCCUGCAGCAUCCGCAGGUCAGGGACCAGGGGAAUCAACCCAGCUGGCCAGCGGGGGGAGAGACACACCAGGUGCUGACAGACACAGAGAGCGGCAGCCAGAGGUGGCUUCAGGGGAGGGAGAGAAACAACAGCAGAGGCAGGAAAUCGCUGCCUGGAGGCUGGAAAGAAGCAGCCAGGAUUGAGGAGCAGAGGUGGGGGAGUUUGCGGGGCCCACGGCAACUCCAAGCCAGAGCUCUUAGCCUGGAAACCCCAGAAGCCUUGAGGGUUGCAGCACGGCUCUGCUCGAGUCCUGCUUGCAGUUCGGUCAAGCUGGGCAGGAAGUGGUCUCAGACAAGAUGGAUUCCCCGAGCCUCCAGCUGAUGCCACUGAAGGGUGUAUCGCAGGAGGAACUUCCAGGGCCAUGGAGCGUGCCGUCCCAGGAGCCCCAUCACCUUCCACCCCAGAUAUUCAAGGAGGAGAGCGACGAUGAGCAGGAGUCCGUGUCGUCGACCCCCAUGGUCGCCUUCCAGGCGCCGGUGGGGUUCGAGGAGGUGGCCGUGUAUUUCUCCUGGGAGGAGUGGGGGCUCCUGGACGAAGGGCAGAGGCAGCUCUACAGGGACGUCAUGCAGGAGAAUUACCAGACUCUGAUCUCGCUGGCAGGACUCCCUGUCCCAGACUCGGCCGCAAUCUCCUGGAUGGAGCGAGGGGAAGAACCGAGGGUCCUGGAUCUCCAGGGCUCCGAGGAAAGGGAGAUCAUGAGAGGCGCCGGCGCAGGUGCCGGGAGGGAAAACCCCCGACAGGAAGGGCCUGCAGGGGUGGAGCUGCACAGGACGUCCCAGAGCCCAGAGCGGGGAGAGGCAUCCGGUGACAUGGGAUGGCAGCAGGGGAAGCCAUCUCAGCAGGAAAGACCCAAGACCGGUGGUCACCUGCGGGGAAGAGAGGGGCCCAUCAUCUGUGGGGAUUGUGGGAAAAGCUUUGGGAAGAGCUCGGAGUUUGUCAAACACCAGCGCACCCACACGGGCGAGAGGCCCUACCAGUGCCUUGACUGUAGGAGGAGCUUUGCCAUCCGCUCCAACCUCCUCCGCCACCAGCGCAUCCACACCGGCGCCAGGCCUUACCCAUGUGCCGAGUGCGGGAAGAGCUUCCGCCACAAGGAGCACCUGACCCGCCACAGCCACGUCCACGCCGGGUUGAAGCCCUACGUCUGCGCUCACUGCGGGGCAGCCUACAGCAGCCGCACCAACCUGCUGCGGCACCAGAGCGGCCACACGGGGGAGCUGCCAUACAAGUGCACAGAGUGCGGCCGGCGCUUCGGGGAGAUCGCUGCCCUGGUGGCGCAUCUGGUGGUGCACUCCGGGGAGCGGGCCCACAAGUGCCCCGAGUGCGGGAAGAGCUUCCGGCGCGGCUCGUCGCUGACAGAGCACCGGCGGGUGCACACCGGGGAGAAGCCCCACGUCUGCUCCCAGUGCGGGAAGGGGUUCAUGCGGCGCUCCAUCCUCAAUGGGCACUGGCGCACCCACACCGGCGAGCGGCCCAAUGCCUGCGGGGAGUGCGGCAAAGGGUUCACCCAGCGGUCGUCCCUGCUGCAACACCAGCGCACCCACCGGGGCGAAAGACCCUACCCGUGUCCCCAGUGUGGGAAGAGCUUCAGCCAGAGAUCGGCGCUGACCACCCACCGGCGGCUGCACACCGGGGAGCGGCCCUUCCACUGCGCCCAGUGCGGGAAGAGCUUCAACCAGAGCUCGGCGCUGAUCCAGCACCACCGCACCCACACCGGCGAGACCCCCCACCACUGUGGGGACUGUGGGAAGGGCUUCGGGGACCGCUCGGCCCUCAAGCGGCACCGGCGCACCCACACGGGCGAGCGGCCCUACUGCUGCACCCAGUGCAACAAGAGCUUCAAGCAGAGCUCGGCACUGACGCAGCACAUUCGCAUCCACACCGGGGAGCGGCCCUACGUCUGCCCCCUCUGCGGGAGGGGAUUCUCUCAGGGCUCGGCUCUGGCGCAGCACCAGAGGACUCAUGCCAAGGAGAGGGGCCUGUCGGACGUGCCCACUGCCAGCCGCCUGUACAGGGAUCCCUUCAUCCGACCAGGGGAUGUGGAGGAGGGGCAGCAGGGCUGCCCCUGGGGACACGGUGCACCCAGCCAGGCUGAAAGAGAAGCUGCAGUGAUAGAAUCAUAGAAAUGUAGGACUCGAAGAGACCUCAAGAGGUCAUCAAUUCCAGGCUCCUGAGCUGAGACAGGGCCAGGUAACCCUAUCCCUGGCAGGUGUUUAUCCCACCUGUUCUUAAAAACCUCCAGUGACGGGGAUUCCACAACCUCUCUCGGGAGCCUAUUGCA